ACGUACACUGUAGGUUUCUGUAUAUCUGAACACUGCCAGCAGCCGAUGUACGUUCACGAGGUCCGGGGGAUCCCGAACCAUUACCGGCGAACGAGUUGCCUCACCCCUGGCAUAAACCUUCGGCUCCUUCUGGAAGGCUUUUCAGUAGCAGAAGGAGUAAAUCGUCCCAAGAGGAAGCUCUUGCGACCAAUUAGAUAGUUGUCAUUGAGAGGAGGAUUCCUCUCAUUGAAUUUGUGUAUAAUGUUGGCCCUUGGAGGUAGUCCUCCUGCCGGGACACUCUCGUUCUCCAACACCAUAACGAAGCAAGCUUUCACUACCGAGCUAAACGGGUUCUUCUCCGCCGAGAAUUCUUCAAGGUGUUCUUCAUCAAUUAGGGCGUCAGCUGUACCCCUGGUGAAAGAAGCUGCAAGUGGAGUUAAUUUUAUACGGCCGCAUUUGCGAAAUUUAGCUCCUUACACUCCCAUUGAACCCUUUGAGAUUCUGUCUGCCCGCCUCGGUAGAGCACCUCAAGAUAUCGUGAAGUUGGAUGCCAAUGAGAAUCCUUAUGGGCCCCCACCGGAGGUGAUGGAGGCUCUGGGUAAUAUGCAAUUCCCUAACAUAUAUCCUGAUCCGGAGAGUCGGCGGUUGCGUGCAGCUCUUGCAAAAGACUCUGGGCUAGGGGCAGAGCACAUUCUAGUGGGUUGUGGAGCGGAUGAGCUGAUUGAUUUGAUCAUGAGAUGUACGUUAGAGCAGAAUGAUACAGUCUUGGAUUGUCCACCGACUUUCACGAUGUAUGCCUUCGAUACUGCUGUUAAUGGAGCCAAUCUCGUCAAAGUGCCAAGAAACAAGGACUUCAGUCUGGAUGUCCCUGCAAUUUUGAUGGCUAUAGAGAAACAUAAACCCAAACUGAUUUUCCUCACGUCACCCAACAACCCUGACGGGAGCUUGAUUAAGGAGGACGAGUUGUUAGAAAUCUUGAAACAAGACGUCCUGGUGGUUCUGGACGAAGCUUACAUCGAAUUUGCCUCUGAACCUUCUCGAAUGACCUGGGUGAAGGAACAUGAAAAUCUGAUUGUUCUGCGGACGUUUAGCAAACGUGCAGGUCUUGCUGGUCUUCGAGUCGGUUACGGUGCUUUUCCUCUAGGAAUAAUAGAUUAUCUUUGGAGAGCGAAACAACCGUACAACGUGUCAGUUGCUGCCGAGGUUGCAGCUUGUGCAGCUUUGGAUAACACAGCUUAUCUGGAGGACGUGAAGGUUAAACUUGUAAACGAAAGGGACCGGUUAUACGGGUUAUUGCUGGAUGUUCCUUUCCUAACUCCGUACCCUAGUCACUCUAAUUUUAUCCUUUGCUCUGUCACCGAUGCAAGCAAAAGCGCCAAGCAGUUGAAGGCGGAUCUGGCGAAGGAGGGAGUGAUGGUACGUCACUACGACAACCAGGAGCUCAGGAACUACAUUAGAAUAUCUGUUGGAAAGCCCCAGCACACAGAUGCGUUCUUCAAUGCCCUGGCCAAAGUUGCCUAAAUGUUGCAUGAAUAUAUAAGAGGUACAGUAUAUAUCGAGAGGACAUUUUGGCCGGAUGACGAAUUUUCUUUUGAAAAGAUUUUAACGGGAGUUCAGAACAAAAGAUUUGCUCGGCUAUUUCAUAGGUUUUUCGAAAAGACCUGAACCUAGAACAAUCAGGAGUCCUAGAGCACCCAAAUCAGACUCGCAUUAGUCACGUAGAUCUCACUGGGCCUCUUUUCCAGCAUGAAGAGGCAGUGAUAUCAACAUUGUUUCCAGGCUGGUGCUGUGAGACCCUGAAGGAUAGCUGAGUGUCAAUAAUCUAAAACGUGGAGUGAAGGCUCAUCUUUCUUCCGUACGUAUGUGUAAGUGGCCAGUUAUUUUCCACUACAUAGAAGAGUUGGUCCUCCACUUCCUCAUGUACUAUGCGAUUCAUGUGCUCUUGCCAGAAGAAAUGCACGCUGUGGUUAUUUGGAAGCUGC